GGCGAAUUCGCGUUCCGUUCCCCGUCGCCGGUUCCCUCCCUUCUCGCCGCCGCCACCGCCAAGUGAGUCCCGGAGCGGGCGGCGGCCGGUGAGCGUCCCGCGUCGGAGCCCCGAGAGGCGGGCCCGUCAGAUUUUUUAAAAAAUGGAUUUGACCAACCAUGGACUUAUUCUACUGCAGCAGUUAAACGCUCAGCGCGAGUUCGGUUUCCUGUGUGACUGCACGGUUGCAAUCGGCGAUGUGUACUUCAAGGCACACAAAUCAGUUCUUGCUUCAUUCUCCAAUUACUUUAAGAUGUUGUUUGUCCAUCAGACCAGUGAGUGUGUCCGUUUGAAGCCCACGGACAUACAGCCCGACAUAUUCAGCUAUCUCCUCCACCUGAUGUACACUGGGAAGAUGGCCCCGCAGCUCAUCGACCCUGUGCGCUUGGAGCAGGGAAUCAAGUUCUUGCACGCCUACCCCCUCAUCCAGGAGGCCAGCCUCGCCAGCCAAGGCACCUUUUCGCAUCCUGACCAAGUCUUCCCGCUGGCCUCCUCCCUGUACGGCAUUCAGAUCGCAGACCACCAGCUGAGACAAGCCCCCAAGAUGACCCCGGCGCCGGAGAAGCUGGGGCGGGAGCCUAGGCCCCAGGUGCCCAGGAUGAGCCAGGAGCCGGCGCCCGAGGCGGGCCCCCUGUCCCAGCUGACUUCGAACCUGGGCCCGGUGAGCCGGACAGCCAUGGCGCCCGCCGACGCGCUGCAGGCCUCGCUCUCUCCCGAACUCGUGUCCACCCCGGUCCCUCCCGCCCCGGCCGGGGAGGAGACCAACCUGGAGGCCUCGUCCUCGGACGAGCAGCCGGCGUCGGCCCUGACCAUCGCGCACGUGAAGCCGAGCAUCAUGAAGCGCAACGGCAGCUUCCCCAAGUACUACGCGUGCCACCUGUGCGGCCGGCGCUUCUCGCUGCGCAGCAGCCUGCGGGAGCACCUGCAGAUCCACACGGGCGUGCCCUUCGCCGCCGGCCCGCCGCCCGAGCCGCGCGGGCCCCUGUCGCUGUGCAGCAGCGCCGCCGACCUGGCCAAGGACGCCAUGGAGGUGCCCGAGGCGGGCAUGAUCAGCGACAGCGAGCUGCAGCACAUCUCCGACUCGCCCAUCAUCGACGGGCAGCAGCAGUCGGAGACGCCGCCGCCCUCGGACAUCGCCGACAUCGACAACCUGGAGCAGGCGGACCAGGAGCGCGAGGUGAAGCGGCGCAAGUACGAGUGCACCAUCUGCGGGCGCAAGUUCAUCCAGAAGAGCCACUGGCGGGAGCACAUGUACAUCCACACCGGCAAGCCCUUCAAGUGCAGCACUUGCGACAAGAGCUUCUGCAGGGCCAACCAGGCGGCCCGCCACGUGUGCCUCAACCAGAGCAUCGACACGUACACCAUGGUGGACAAACAGACCCUGGAACUCUGCACGUUCGAGGAGGGCAGCCAGAUGGACAACAUGUUGGUGCAGACCAACAAGCCCUACAAAUGCAACUUGUGUGACAAAACAUUUUCCACUCCCAACGAGGUUGUCAAACACUCGUGCCAAAACCAGAACUCGGACGUUUUCGCCCUGGAUGAGGGGCGGUCCAUUCUCCUGGGCAGCGGGGACUCGGAGGUAACGGAAGCUGACCACCCGGUGUUAGCGUCCAUCAAAAAGGAACAGGAAACCGUGUUGCUAGAUUGAAUGUUACUUGUCUUUUUAAAAACUGUCAUUUUUAUAAAGUAUCUUCUUUCCCCUCCUCCCGAUUUGGAACCGUAGUUCUCCGUGGCAUGAUACCAAGGGGCCCUGGCCCCUUCUCCUCACCCCACGCCCACCUCUGUAAAGGCUUUGUGCAUUAUAAACCUGGAGUAAAUGUACUUUAAUUCAGGGGGUAUUGGAAAGAUAAUGGUCAGUAAUACUUAUAAGCAAAUAGGUUUUGAGAAGUUUUAGAUUAAUUAGAAAGCAUACUUGGAACUAAUUAAGGACACAUAACAAAACAACUAGAAUAUAAUUUGGUAAGCUAAAAUUAUGACUUUCCCUGGGUACUAAGUCUUCCUUCUCAGAGAAACAGUGUCAGGAAACACAGCAUGCUUCUUAGAGAUAAAGCUGGGCUCUGUACUAUGCAAGAUGUAGACAGCGUGGGAGACUGGAAGCCCGAGAAUAUGUUUCUACUGUUUAUCCUCUGGGUGUCUUUGAGAUUAUGUCCAGAUAAGAGAAAUCACUAGUCAAGAAAUCCUCCUUAACAAAAUACAAAAGAGAAAAGGAAUAAUGUGAUGGCAAUCUUUAAUUUUUGGAUAAACUUGACAAGCUGUGAGUUUGUGUGUUUGUAAAAGAAAACGUGGAUACUUGCAACAAACAGGUGAAUUAAUGCACAUGCCUUAUGCGACCGUUGGCUUCUUUCCAGGUUGAACAAGAAGAUGCUGUAUUUCAGUUUCUGACAAAUUUGUUUUUAAAAAAUCACUUGAAUGUACUAUCCUGUAUUACUUUCUGAAUAGAAAAUGACAUACCAUUUUCUA